GUCAUGAUUCACAUAAUUGAAAGGAGCGAGCGGAGAGGGAGAGACAGAGCUGAUUCGAAGUUGCGUUACGUCAACUGUGGAGCGUAAUCCACUCUCGCUCUAAGCUUCCAGAUUCAUUUCGGAGUAUUGAUUCCGGUUUUCGCCUUUUGAUGUUAUGGUAUGCUGAGUUGUGGCAGAGUUGUUGAAUUUGUGCAGCAAUGAGUAGCAAAAGAGAAGAAGAACGAAACGAGAAGAUUAUUAGGGGUCUUCUGAAGCUCCCUCCCAAUCGAAGAUGCAUUAACUGCAACAGCUUGGGGCCGCAGUAUGUCUGCACAAAUUUUUGGACGUUUAUUUGCACUACAUGCAGUGGAAUACACCGUGAGUUUACACAUCGUGUCAAGUCCGUUUCCAUGGCUAAAUUUACUUUUCAAGAGGUGGAUGCUCUUCAGAAAGGGGGUAAUCAGCGUGCAAGAGAGCUAUUUUUGAAGGGCUGGGACCCCCAAAGGAACAGAGUUCCGGACAAUAGCAAUGUUGAAAAAGUUCGAGAGUUCAUAAAGAGUGUAUAUGUGGAUAAAGUGUAUUCCAAGGAGACAUCGUCUGAUAGGCCUCCAAGAGACCCGCAGAGCUUACGAAGCCAUGAAGACGAAAUGAGGAGAGCUAGCUCGUACCAUUCUUACUCUCAAAGUCCACCAUAUGAUUUUCAGUACGAAGAACGCCAAUAUGGGAAACAUGCACCGGUACUUACUAGAAAGCCUGGUUCAGAUCGAGGCCUUUAUGAAGGAAAGCUUGCUAGUUUCUUAAGUCCUACUCAUUUAAGCGACGAUGGGUUUGCAAAUGAGGGAUCGCAUCCCAGGGCGUCCGAUUAUUCUGCUUCUGGUGGAGGUACUCCUUUCAGAUCUGAUGUGUUAUCUCCGGUCUCUCGGGGAGACUUUGGAAGUCCUUCUAGUGAGAACUCAAGAAAUACCUCCGAAGAAGUUCCACAGCUUCAGACAAUGACACAUAUUUCAGGUGCAAAUAGAGGAACAAUAUUGCAUCCACAGCGAACUAUGUCUACAGGAAGCUUCGAAUCCGGCAAUUCCACGUCUUUCAAAUCUACAGAGCACCCCCUGCCUGAAGUUGGCUCCAAUCCUGAUAAAAUCCACCUGGAAAAAUCGGUAUCCCUUCCUUCACUGCCGCAAUCAUCCACAUCCCCAACAUUUGAUGGUUUGGACCUCUUCAGUACACCUUUUUCACAAAAUGCCGAUAUUGCACCUCAAACCGGUAGUAAUUCUCAGCUGCCAUCCGAAUUGUUAGCUCAGUCUGUUAAUAUAGAGCUGCAGCCUCCGGUUUCUUCGAUUUCUUCAUUCACUGAGCAAAAGCCAUCGCAAAUAUCUCAGCCACCAUUAGAUUUGUUCGCCGCUCUAUCUCAGCAACAACCUUCUGCUUCUUUUAACGAAAACGCUUCUGAUGUCGUAGCACCAGAUACUGGAGGAUGGGCAACAUUUGAUAUACCGAAGAAUCCGAUGCCUAUGGGUACUGACAAAUCUGCCCCUCCCCCAUUGCCAUCUUCUGAUGAAGAUAUUUUGGCGAAGAUGAACCCAUUUACUUUUACUACGAGUUUGCAUCAAAAUUCCUCCGAGCGCGAAUCUUCGGCCCCAACAAUGACGAAUGCUUUUGGACAUGAUUGCCUACAGAAUGUAGAAGCUGCUGUUAAUCACACUGAGCUAUGGAGCGCAUUUGGCAAUUCCACCGGCGAACGCUUCAUCCAAAAUUUUGCGCAGAAUAAUGAACAACCCGAAACAAAUAAAUACCUUGGUUUCGGCGCACACCAGGCGAAGGGUAGCGACAACUACUUAAGAACCACAAAUGAGACCGGACCAAAUGAUUUUCCCGUAGCAUCAGCAGUGGCUGAUACCUAUCCAUUUGCAACGGCCCUAAAGCCGUCCAAUCCAUUUGACAUUCCCUUUGAUUCUGACGUAGACUCGGGCAAUAAGUUCAAUUCUCAGGUUUGGAAUGUGAGCUCUUUGCAAGGUGCUUUACCGACUGGCCAAAUCCCGGCUGCUUCCCAUAUCGGAGUACACGAAUCGUGGUUUCCUGAAACUUCAAUCCCACUCUAUACCUCUGUUCCUGGUGGAGUUUCUUUUGAUUCAACCACGGUUUAUUCUUCAGGGUCGUUGGGAUUUAUGGCCGGACAAGCACCAUAUGCCCAGAUACCAAAUAUGCAUGGGCAAGGGCCUGUUGCAUCAUCAAUUAGCAGAAAUCCUUUUGCAUGAUGUUCGAUAUAUCCUGUGUCUAUCGACUGGUUUAUGAGUAUAUCAGCAAGCCGUGCUCGAUUGCGGCAAUGGUUCUUUAGAGGUAAAGUCGGCAAAAUUGUGCUGGUUUUUUCACAUUUGUAGACUAUUUGGGGCUCUGCUGUGCUGUUGGAUACGGAGGAGGUUUUAUUGUGUAUGUAUAAUUUGUUUUCUAUAUGUCGUAUUUUGCAGUUUUCAUGAGUGAAGCGGAAACAAAUCUCAUCUUAAUAAUUGAAUUGCAUGUGUAAUAUUGCCAUUUUUCUAUUA